CGUUUGCUCACUCUCGCAGCAGCAGCAACAACAAACUGGGGGCGCAAUUUUCAUCAACGAUUUCGGUGCAUAUUCUGUAGGACCAUUUUUUGGCGGACAUUUGUGGUCAGUGUCAAGUGACUAAAUGCUUGGAAAAUAUCAUUCGUGGAAGUGUACAGGUCUAAACAAUUGUAAAAUCGAAGAAGUUUCGUGAAAUUUUCCUUCUAGGAUACGAAUCAUAGUGAUUUUCUGUGCAACGAGCAAAAACCUUGAACUAUAGAAGAGCAGUGGGAUACCAACAAAGCAAGCACGAAGAAAGCAGCAUGGUGGUGCAAGCAGCACUCUAGCAAUAGUGAUAAGGCCUGCUGUGAUGUAAUAGAAGAAGUAGUGUUGUUGUUACACCCUUGGAUUAUAAGGUUCAAACAAUUCGCAUAGAAUCAUGAGUUUGGCGCUAAAUUUCGAGCGCAAGUGUCGCACCUGUGGUACGGACAUCUUGGAGCUAACGUGCGGCAUACCAAUCUUCGGCAGCGGACUUCAGCUGGAUCAUAAAAUUCAUCGCUAUCUGGGCUUGAAUGUCACCCUGCACGACGAUCUCCCGAAAUUCCUUUGCGCCACCUGCUUCAUCAAAGUCGAAAGCAUAGACAAAUUUGCCAUCCUUGCCAAGAAGACCGAGGAAGCCUAUCUCGGGUGGUUCAAAUGCAUCCGUGCCAAUCUGGCCAGGCACGUCAAUCCCAUCCCUCCACCGCUAGCACCGGUGCAGCAGCUUACCCAUAUACCACCUCCUAGUUCCCCCAGGUCAUCGCUUCACAUCCCUCCGAAGAUCGAUUUCAGCGCCCUGAAGCAAGCCGUCGACGAACAGAUCAAUCAGAAGGAUGCGCCGCUGGGUACGGCUCUCAAUCCGAUUAGGUUGAUCAAACCGGAGAUUUCGAUCGUUUCCUACAGCGAUCUGAAACUGGGCCUGUUGAUCAAGGAUCAGGAACUACUCAAAUUGAUACUGAAGGCCCUGCGGUGGGCUGAACAUGAUCAAAAAGCGACGUUUGAAGUGCUGAUUCAACGUUUGAAGAAUACAACAUUUAGGGAGAUUUUGUCCAAUCCGAACCUUUUGAGGGACAGUGAUCUCACGCAGCUCCUGAAGUCCUACAUUGGACAGGAGGCGUUCAAUAAAUUUACCGGUUCCAACAGUAAUAGCCAUAAUGGUGGUAGUAGUAUUGAUCUCGGUAAUAGAGGUGUCACGAUCAAACCGAUAGUGCACAUUUCUUCCGUGAAAUCUAAUCUUAGCCCGUCGGAUAUGGGAAGUGUUUCAUGUUCCAGGGCUAUGCCGAUGCUGAAGAAGGAGCAUUUUUCGUUCAGUGAAGAUAGUGUCACGCAAAUGGAAGUAGGUGUCGAUCCCAGUUUGUUCUUCGAUGACGAAGAAACGCAGACCAAGCCGAAGCCUGAAAGUACACAGAAAAUGGAUAGCGUUGUCACUAUCCAACUCGUUCCGGUAAACCUAGCCAACAAGAAAUCUAGCGAUAAGAUGAUCCCCGCAAUUCUCAAGUGUGACGUUCGAAGCAACGGAAGUCAAGUUUGCUCAAGCUGUCCCAAAUCCUUCACUACCAGCACUGAACUGCAAAAUCAUGUCGUAACGAAGCACUUGAUCAAACCUAAAAAAUCUCUGUCAGAAGCUCCAGCCGAGAAGAAAGUCAUUAAAAUCAGAGUGAAGAAAAACAAAGACAAAACGCAACUUGAACCCUCAAAACCUCCCAUCCCACUCAGUGCUGCGUCGAUCCCUAUCACCAUUCCACCAACGACGACCAUUACCGUGAUCCCGGCCGCAACGAAACCGUCUGAAUCCAAAAUACAAAUCCCAACGACAAGUGUUCCCAGCAGCAACUUGCAGAAACCAACCGCACCUACAAAAGUGCAAACCGUGAAACCCAAACGGAAGCGUGACGUCAAAUGGACGCUCAAGAUCGAUGCCAGCCUUGCCAAGCGAACCCGCAGUCAGGUCAGCUUGGCGAAGCAUUCCAAGCUGUCGUGCACGGUUUGCCGAAAACGUUUCCCCUCCAAGAGUAAGCUCAGCACUCACAUGGAAUCGCACGGCCCAAAGGAUAACUACACCUGUGAAAAGUGCGAUCGGGUGUUUCGAACCGCUUCCAACCUGGCCAAGCAUAGGCAAUUUCAUGGUGGAGAGAAGUUUUCCUGCGAUCGCUGCCGAAGGGUUUAUGCGACCAGCAGUAUGCUGAAGGCUCACAAGAUUACCCACAGCGAUGCCAGACCGCACCGGUGCACGAUUUGCGAGAAAACGUUCAAGCGGAAUCAGGAUUUGAAGUUUCACCUAAACCAGCAUACAGGAGCGCGCCCAUUCAAGUGCCCCCAGUGUCCGAAGUCCUUCGCCAGUUCGGGAAACUGUUUCGCCCAUCGCAAGCGCAUGCACCCCGCCGAGCUCUCAGCAGCUGAGGAAAAGGACGCCCAAAAUUCCAAACCCGGAAGAAAGUAAUUAGCACCUUGGUGCCCCGUACCUUAGCCAUUCAAUCUCAAAAGUUGGUAACCGCAAAAUCCCCAUCCUCUGUGAUACAAUAAGUACAAUACAACGGUAACAACCCGCAAAAUUUCGAAAAUGUACAAAGCAAGAUUGAAAAUUGAUUCGUUUAAAACAUAUAUAUUAUAUUGCUAAAAAUAUGUUCUAUUUCUAGCUUUAGCAUAACGAAGCGUGAAAUGUGUUGAACUUUUUUUUUGUAAAUAAGGA